ACUUUAACUGCGCACUGCGAGGAGUUUCGACGACAUCCAUGUUGAGGCUGAAACUGGAGAGGUUCACGCUGCAGGGAGCGCUGAGAAGAUGUGUGGAUGGCGUCGAGUUAACAUUCCUGUACAAUCGAACGACAACGUUGUGUGGGUCUCAAUCAGGGAAAGUCUUUACAUCGCCAUCUUUCAAUUUCAACGCGAGAUUCUUCACCGACCCCACGAAGACCUAUCAGGGCUACAACAUCUCCUUCACGCCUGCAACCACGAGUUGUCACCAGAUAAUCACGGCAGCUGUUGGUCAGACUGGCACAAUAACUUCCCCUCCAGCAGAAAAAUACUGCGAAUACCGAAUCCAGGCUCCUUCUGGAAGUCGCGUGAAGGUCACCGAAGUUACAUCAAGGAUUCUAUCGACAACGAACUGUGAAACUGACUGGCUUCUGCUGAACGGGAGGAGUGAGAGGAUGUACCCGUCAGGCACCAGCUUAAUUAUCUGCGGCUAUAAGGUACUGUCUUCACCUCUGACAUCCCAGACCAAUGAGAUGUACGCAGCUUAUCAAGGCACCAGCAGCAGCAGCCGCGGUGUCACUAUCAAGUAUACCGUCAUCUAAGUCAAACGUUCCUGGAUUUUCUCGCCAAUCACGACUCCAAUGUAUCUAUACGGGCACGAAUUUCAUUUUCUUUACAACAAAGGAGACAGCUCAAGGGCACACAAAAAAGGAAACAAUAAUGAAAAAAAAAGAGCCCGCUUCUCGCUGCUCCUAAAAAAAUGAAUCAAAAGAGGUGGCCGAAAGAGAGGUCAAUUUCGGGAGGAGAAUUCAUUAGUACACCUGCAACCCUUUCAGUUUGCCUCUUGCCCACGAUGUUUCUUUGUUUAAAAUCAUAUCACUGGUAAGCCAAGUCAGCUGAUAUAACUUAAACGAGGAACAGAUAUCAAGGCUGGUAUUACAAGACACUUUCCCUUCUCACAUCAAGAUAUUUCUAAAGGUCAAAAGGGGAUAUCAAUCAGGCUCUAAUGAGUGUUUUUUAGGCUCAGGGUACAGAAGAUGGGUCAAACUACCACCAGGGUCAUAAAACUAGAACCGGAAAUGACCACAACUUCUAGGAAAGCCUUGUCAAAUGUGUGUUCUUGGGCAGCGAAAUGUCUUAUAAUCCGAGCCUAAGCAUCCUUUUAGUGUUCUACAAUAGCCGCCCCAAGAAAAUAAAUCUAUGCAGCAG